CGCUAGCAUUGAUGACAAUAGUGACAAAGCGAAUGAUAGUCAUAAUGAAUUCAUGGAGAAAGAGAAAGAAAUUAUAGCGUUUGAUAAAAGUAAUCCAGAAUCUGAAGAUGAGGAAGCGGGAUCAAAUGUUAAAACAUCUACUUCAACAGGAGCCGCAACUUCUGUUUGUGAAGAAACUAUGGGAUUAACGACUUCUCCUUUGAGCAAUACUAAUACUAUUAGACCUUUUAUUCGGAUAAUAUUGAUCGUUAAGCCUAUGCGUCAAAUACAUCAAAUUAGCAUGCCAUAUCAAUCACGAUUAUGCAUGUUAUAUCCAUUUACAUUGUAUGACGCAUUACAACAUGCAACUUUUAACACUUCCUUAUAUGCUUGUUCUCGUCGAGCAAUGCAAAUAUUACAAGCUAGUCGUACUUAUUUUGCUCAUGAAUUGCUUGGGCGAUUGCAAACCAUGGAAAAUUUUUCAGAUGUUAAUGAACAAAAUAUUGAAGAUUUCUUUUUUGAACCGGAUGAACUUCCUAAAGUUCCUGAAGAAACAAAAAAAAUCAAACAAUGCCUUGAUAUCGUUCGUGAUGAAAUUAGCACUUUAAGACAACAAUGGAAUUCUGCAUCUUGGGUAAUGACAGCUAUUGAAUGGGAUCGUCAAAGAACAAUGAAAUCUUAUAAUUUUGGUGGUCGAUCAUUAUCACACAAUUUUUCUAGAAAAUCUUUAUUCUCGAAUCGUUCUACUUCAAUUCGUAGUUCUAAUAGAGAAAGUGAUAAUUCAAGUAUGAUAAAAGGAAAGGGAUCUGAUACCGCAUCUCAAAUUGAAACCCUUCGAGAUACUAUGUACAAUGCACCUGAUCGUGCAUGGAAUAAUAUUCGCCUUCUAGGAGUUAAUCUACCAACGUCCGAUGUUAAUGAUUUUGUAUUUGUAAAAAAUAAAAAUUCUAAUAGUAAGCAAAAGAAGCAACCUAAUAAGAAAACAUCCAAAACUCAGAAGAUGGCAGCCAGCAAACCUAUUCCACCUAUUCUAGCAUCAUAUUUAUCAACAUUACCAUUAGGUAAACGUAGUCGACAAAAUAGUAGCGAUGAAUUAACAGCAGCCUUCGGUCAGCCAAUGAAUGCAACUAAUAAAGAUAAUAAACUUUUGGAUAAGGAUAUAAACUCCGAAGGUAAAAAAGGAGAAGCAAUAACCAUCAACAUUUUACCGCCCGUUAUACAACCUAUAAAUACGUCUGGGCCUAUUACAUUACUUACACCCACCUUUAUUGAAUCCAUGAAAGACCAUGAAGAUAUAAAUUCUGAAGUGAAUCAAGAUGUUAAUUAUCCUAAAGCUAUCGAUGAUAUGAUAAUUGAAUCAAUUGAUGCUGAUGAUAAUGAUAUGAAACUUAUGAAUGAUGAACGAAGUCAAGAAGUCGAAGUUUCGGAAUAUGAAGAUAUGACAAUAGCCUCAGAAAUUCAUGCGAUUGAUGAAGAAAUCGAUACCUUAUUAAAGAAUGAUACAUGCGCCGAUGACAUUGAGAAUAGUCCUCUUAACGGCAAAGAAACUACAAGUGUUGACUGUCAUGCCACUAACUAUAAUACUCUUGAAGCCAAUGAGAUUCCUUCAGUUGUCAAGAAAAUUAGCAAGUCUGAUGAUAAAUGUGUAUCUUCUGAAGGAGUGGACGAUGACAAAGAGAGAAACAUUACAGGAGAAACUAAUGAAACAAAUGCAGAUACUGUAGAAAUUGAUGUGAAAACUGCCACUUCAAAUAACCUUGACUUAGUCACAAAGGACAAUGUAACAAAUGAUAUUACUGAAACUAAUGUUUCUAAUUCAGAUGAUGCUGUACUUGACGCUAUGAUAGAUGCUAUUGUUGACGUUAAUAAUGUGAAUACAAAGCAUUCCGAAUCUUCCGCUGAUUUAGAAAAAUUAUUACCAAAUGAUUCACUAAAUAAUUCAUCUAAUGAUUCAUCAAAUAAUUCACCAAAUGAUUCAAAUAAUUCGUCAAAUGACUCAUCACAUGAUUCAUCAAACCAACCGUCGAACACGUUAUCAAACUCUAAUACUUCAGGAACAGUUACCUCAACUAAUGAGACACCAUUAUCUUUAGCUACUUCUUCAACAGCUCAACCACAUCCUCCUCCAUCAUCAUCAACAGCAGAUUCCACCCUUGAUAAUUCUUCACAACCAAAUGUGCCUUUAGAAUCAGGCUCAACAUCUUUUCCACAUCCACAUGUUGCUCGAUCAAUUCCUCCCACACCUACGACACCAUAUUUUCCAGCUACGGAAGGGUCCACAAAUUUACCUGAAUUUCCACCAGAACCCAUAUCUGGAAUGCCAGAACAAUCAACUCCUAAUUUCAAUCCUCGAUCAGAUCCUGAAUUUGAGCCGAUUAACCCAUUUUUAAUACCACCUAUGUCCACAUCAACUUAUAUUUCACCAGCAACACCUUUGCCGUCAACACCUACCACACCACAAUAUUCUCCGUUAUUGCAAGAUUCAAGGCCGGUAACACCAUUAUUAGCAAAGCUUUCAUUAUUCGAAGAGCUGAGGCAGGCAACAUCUCAACCGAAUUCGGACAAAAAAACACCAUCCAUACAAAAUCAACCAUCUACACCUUCACACGAUCAACCAUCACUUACUCCACGAGAUUCACCGCCAGUUUCUCCAUCUUCAUUACCGCCUCCUUCAUUAUCACCACAAAUGUUAUCAACUCACACAUCAUAUUCUCUAUCAUCUCAAAGUAUUCAUUCUAAAGCAAGAACACCAACUCCGUCACUUGUUUUUCCAGCGUCACAAACGUUUUUAACAAUACCUCGGAGUCCUACGUUAUCACCAACGUCCUCAAACGCUCCUUCAAAUCCAUCAUAUAAACAAACGUCAACAGACAACAUAACACCAAGAUCAUCAACUUUAAGGUCACCAUCAUCAUCAACAUCAUUACGAACAGCAGCGCCUCUGUUACCAUCAGCACGCCCGCCACCGCUUCCUCUUCCAUCAACAUGGCCAAAGCUUAAGAAAACAGUGCGCCCGGAACCUAAGAAGAUUGAAGGUGAAACAAAUGAAUUUUUUAAAAAGAAAUCGCAGACACUUCAAAAUCUAAAAGUAAUGUCUGAUGAUGGAAGGAACGAUAAUCAUGAACGUAAAGAAGUUAAAAUUGGUGAAAAACUAAUUGGUAAUGAUUGUGCAUCUUUAAAUGGUGAGAGUAUAACUAAUAAAGAUAUAAUCGCACCUGUUACUAAUGAUAUCGGAGUUAUGAACAAUUAA